GAAUGUCUUGCACGUAUCAAUCCACGAAAAGAGAGACACUCAUUUCUGAUUAUAGUACGAUUUCUUGCGGUUGUUCGUAAAUAUUAGUCACAACAGUACCGAAGGGUACUGCAUAUGAUCGCCGUAUCAAUCCGAUUUAGUUGCCACUGGAGAUUGGGCGAAGCAGGACUCUCGAAAGAAUUGAAGGCAAACGCGACAACAUGAGAGUGAUAGGUGUUAUAAUUUUUUGCAUCGUAGCAUCAUGCACAUGUACGGAUGAUAAUUUCGUCAACAAUGAUGAUCAGCCAUUUCGAGGACAGCGUAAUGUGGAAUUCGACUGGAAACUAACUAAGCAAGUGUUCCAAUCUCAAAAAUCCAACGCAGUGAUAUCGCCUCUCUCGGUGAAAAUUUUGUUGGUGCUACUGUACGAAGCCACCGGAGAUGCUGCCGAACUUUCCGAAACACAAACCAAACGCGAGUUGCGAACAGUUCUGGAACCAAACGGUGAUCUGAAUGCAACCCGCAGCAAGUAUCGCCAAUGGCUGGAUUCGGCACUGUCUUCCCACAAGGACUACGAUUUGGAAAUUGCCACCAAGUUCUUCGUCGAGGAAUACAUUGACGUCAUUUCCAAAUAUCAGAUCAUUUCGGAUCAUUACUACAGCGCCACGGUUGACAAAGCUCCUUUCUCGAAACCGAAAAUCGCCGCGGAACAGAUCAACAGCUGGGUGAACAAAACUACACAUGGGCGCAUUGCGGAGCUUGUUACAGCUGAUGGAUUGGAUGGAGCGAUCAUCACGUUGAUCAACGCCAUCUACUUCAAGGGACUGUGGACUUAUCCAUUCCCAGAGUAUACACCAACACUGACGUUCUAUGGCAAUCAGAAACAAGUGCAGGCACCGUUCAUGGAGCAAAACGGCCAAUUCUAUUAUGAUGAUUCGGCCGCAUUGGAUUCUCAACUGUUGCGAUUGUCAUAUCGCGGAGGAAAGUUUGCCAUGUAUUUCAUUCUGCCCCACCAAGGAAAGACUGUCGAUGAUGUUCUGGAUAAAAUGACUCUCAGCACAUUGCAUCAAGCGCUUUGGUACAUGGAUGAAACCGAAGUGAAUGUUACCAUUCCCAAGUUCAAAUUUGACUUUUCAGAAGAAUUGAACCAACCACUGAAGGAUAUUGGAAUUCGUGAAAUUUUCUCCCAAAAUGCCUCCCUGCCAUUGUUGGCCCGCGGAAAGGGCGCCCGAAAUGAAGUUCGUGUAUCACGAGUGUUCCAAAAGGCAGGAAUUAACAUCAAUCAUCUAGGAAGUGAAGCAUAUGCGGCCACUGAAAUCCAACUAGUUAACAAAUUCGGAGGAGAUGGAACGCAAAUUUUCAAUGCCAACCGGCCAUUCUUGUUCUUUAUUGAAGAUGAAGACUUUGGAACGUUGCUGUUUGCUGGCAGAGUGGAAGAUCCUACCCAAUGAAAAGGGGUCUGUGAAGGAAUAGUACAACGCAACAUCGCAUUUGACUUCCAUAAAUAUUAAAAAGGCUCAAAUAAAGCUGAUUAUUUUUAAAGUGAA